GUCCUGAAGGUUGAUGGAGGGCCAUGCUAUUCAAACAGCAGGCGUGGCUGAGACAGAAGCUCCUGGUGCUGGGAAGCCUUGCCGUUGGGAGUCUCCUGUAUCUAGUCGCCAGAGUUGGGAGCUUGGAUAGGCUACAACCCAUUUGCCCCAUUGAAGGCCGAUUCGGAGCCCGCAGUCAGGCUGAAUUCCCUCUCCGAGCCCUGCAGUUUAAGCGUGGCCUGCUGCACGAGUUCCGGAAGGGCAACACUUCCAAGGAGCAGGUUCGCCUUCAUGACCUGGUCCAGCAACUCCCCAAGGCCAUUAUCAUUGGGGUGAGGAAAGGAGGCACAAGAGCCCUGCUUGAGAUGCUGAACCUUCACCCGGCAGUGGUCAAAGCCUCCCAAGAAAUCCACUUUUUUGACAAUGAUGAGAAUUAUGCCAAGGGCAUUGAGUGGUAUAGGAAAAAGAUGCCUUUUUCCUACCCUCAGCAAAUCACAAUUGAAAAAAGCCCAGCGUAUUUUAUCACAGAGGAGGUUCCAGAAAGGAUUUACAAAAUGAACUCAUCCAUCAAGUUGUUGAUCAUUGUCAGAGAGCCCACCACAAGAGCUAUUUCUGACUAUACUCAGGUGCUGGAGGGGAAGGAGAGGAAGAACAAAACUUAUUACAAGUUUGAGAAGCUGGCGAUAGACCCUAAUACCUGCGAAGUGAACACAAAAUACAAGGCAGUGAGAACCAGCAUCUACACCAAACAUCUGGAAAGGUGGUUGAAAUACUUUCCAAUUGAGCAAUUUCACAUUGUCGAUGGAGAUCGCCUCAUCUCGGAACCUCUACCAGAACUUCAGCUCGUGGAGAAGUUCCUGAAUCUUCCCCCAAGAAUAAGUCAGUACAAUUUAUAUUUCAAUGCUACCAGAGGGUUUUACUGCUUGCGAUUUAACAUUAUCUUUAAUAAGUGCCUGGCGGGCAGCAAGGGGCGCAUUCAUCCAGAGGUUGACCCCUCUGUCAUUACCAAAUUGCGCAAAUUCUUUCAUCCUUUUAAUCAAAAGUUUUACCAGAUCACUGGAAGGACAUUGAACUGGCCCUAAAAUAAUAAGUCAUACGACACUAUGUGUUGUGCCUGGAGACAUACAAUGUCUCCUCUAGAUUAAAAUAUGCACUUUUCCUAGACACAACUAUCCAAGUCAUUUUUCCAUGUAUACUUGUACAUAUGCAGUGUGUGGCCAAAUAUAAGAUCAGUUCUUUUUCUACUGAAAAUUUACAAAAAACAAUUUUCUGUCUGCGUAGUUGCAUCUUUUAAGAUAUUUACAAAAAGAAGAGGUGGUGGUCUUAUGGGAAAGUGACUUCAGCUGUUCUCAAAGAGUUAGUCUUCCUUUGAGUCAGAAUUUGUGGCCCGCCAUUUUCAUAGAUUUAAGCCAAAAGAGUAAUGCGUGAAAAUGUACCAAUGGCUGUGAAGCUUCAGGAUUCAGUUAUGCAUUCUUUUCUAGGGGAAAGCUGGGUCUUUAAUUCAGAUGCUGAAUUGGUGACAUGAAAACAGAAAAUGCUAUUUUCUUAAUAUUUAAAAGAAGAAUGUCUUAUGUCAUCAAAUUGACGUUGUUCCAAAGUUCCCGUGGUGAUUUUGCACUAUUGUUUUCUUGUAUGGACCAUGGUGUUGCUUGUAGCAUGUCAAUCACACAUUGGAAAGUCAAGUCCUUUUACUUCCAUGUUCUGUGUCAACAAAGAGAAAUGUCAUGUACAUAAUGUAUAUUGUUGUAAAUACUGGUUUCACACUAAGUAAUUCUAUUUUGUAAACUGAAUAUGGCUAUUUAAUUUAUUGUGAAAAUUAAAUUUAUUGUGGUAUUUAAAAAUGGAAUGGAUUAAAAUUACUCUAC